AUGGACUAUCAGCCUGGGAAACAGCUGGAUGGCAUCUGGCAUACCUCCAUAAUUGUCCAUAAGGAUGAAUUCUUCUAUGGCAGUGGUGGAAUUUCCAGCUGUGCACCUGGAGGAACACUGCUUGGUCCCCCAGACUCAGUUGUUGACCUAGGAAACACUGAAGUUACAGAAGAAAUUUUCCUGGAAUACUUGUCCUCGUUGGGGGAAUCGAUGUUCCGAGGAGAGUCUUAUAAUCUCUUUGAACAUAACUGCAAUACCUUCAGUAACGAAGUGGCACAGUUCCUGACAGGGAAGAAGAUCCCUUCCUACAUCACUGAUCUUCCAUCCGAAGUCCUUGCCACACCCUUUGGACAAGCUUUGAGGCCUCUCCUGGAUUCCAUUCAGAUCCAGCCACCAGGCGGGAACACUUUCAGCAGACACAACGGACAGAGCUAACAGGAGUGGAGGGGUGUGCCCCACCUCACCAGGGCUUCCCCUUUUUAAACACAAAUCUACCAGAUUUCUUUUUUAUAAUUUCACAUCAGAAUUAACUCCAAGAAAGCAACAAGAUGGUUUUUUAGACUUUGUAGGUGGAGGAUAUAUCAGGUUGCAUGUAAGAUGCUACCAAAAAGGUUGUCAUCAUUUCUGAUAGCAUUAUACUAAUUUAUUAAGGCUGUCUUGUCCAAGCACACUGAUGCUUUCUAAGUAGCCCCCAAGCUAGUGAAGGGGAUUUAAUUCUGUGAAAACUUGAGGACCUGCCAGACAGUUGGGAGUACCCAUAGGGAAGCACUGAGUUAUAAAGCCUAGCCAUCCUUUAGCAGACUACAUCUUUUUUUCCCCAGUGCCCAUAAUAUGGAGCAUCUACUGCAUCCAUGAUGGGAAAAAACAGUGAGUUUUAUAACCUUAUAGUGAGGGCCCACCAGUAUUAAAGCCUUCUGAGUAAGUAUUAAUUUAAUGUUGUGUUGCUUGCUCCAUGCAGAAGUUGACCAAACCUGGUCAGAACAUGCCUAGGAGCAUGGUUCCAGGGGAGGAAUGUCCUGACUGAAUUAGCUGCUCACUUAUCAGUGAUGCUUUUUUGUUACAACCUUCUAUGCAGUUGGGUGAGUGGGAGAGCAUCUACUGCAGAGGCUCACCAGGAACAGACAGGAGGAUAUUCAAAAGGAGAUACUCACAGAUCAUCAUCCCCUUAAGUGAGAAGGGAUGAAAAACCACAAUCGAGUAAGAACAAAAUGCAAUAAAACUUUUUUCCUUCUUCCCAAUCUCAUCAGUGCAGGUACAAAACCCUUGUAACUUUUGCAUGGGAGCUGAUGAAUCAGUGUUGCAUGUGCAUUAAGGCAAGAAUAGCAUGGCAGCUGCAUAACAACAUGUGGGCUGUGGGCUCAGCCUUCAGCAUCUAAUGACAGCCACAAAAUAGGCAGUAAAAGUCCCAGCCUUGUCUGAUAUCACAAUCCUUUCCAUGAUAGUGGAAUCAGAUAGGAGUCUGAUUAAGUGCAGGCAGGGAGUAGAUAUCAGGUAAGCUGUCCAGAAGCAGCUCUCUAGUCUCCAUGCAGAUUUGCCCAAAUUUAAAGGGGGAAAAAAACAAAGCUGAAGCAGCUGUUUCUAAAUUUUAUUUUUUCCCCUUUUUUUCCAGUGGGUGUCAAAGAUACUCAGGGGCUAUUGCUGGGAGUGAGCAGGGCUGAGCAGAGAUCCAACAGUUGUGUCAGGACUUCAUCCUCUGACUAAAGAUUACUAUAGCCUUUUACAAACCUUCUUAGGGGAAGGAGGUUAUGGAGAGGAAGAAGAUAGACCAGAGUACUGGUAUCUGCUGUUUCUAGUUUAGGAGUGCUUUCUCCCUCCAGCAGUUGGAUUUAGGAAAGACAACAUGAGACAGACUUUGCCAUGUGCAUUGUGCAAGGGAAGUGCUCUGACCUGCCUCUCGAUCUCUAAUUGCACCAAGUGCACUGAAAACCUCCUAGGAUACUAAAAUAAGCAUGUCCUUUCUUUGCUAGGCUCCUUCUCUCCUUGACAACUGUUCCAAAAAGAUGCAUAUUAGGAACCUCUCCUUUCUCUCAGCUUUAUUCAGUAAGGCCUCCCAAGUAGCUCCCAAGAGUUUGAGGGUGGAAGAGGAGGAUGUCCUGGUUUCUUCCGGGUGUGUGCAAUUCCCCAUUGCCCUGGUGUAGCCCCUAGCAUACGUGCAAAGUGGGAGUCAAAUGCCUUCAUCUGAUGUGGCAGCAUUUUACAUCCUCUUUCCACAGCUGCAAGUAAUUCUUCCAGGACCAGGGCACUGGUCAGGGUAGCCCAGAAUGUCUUUGAUUAUUUUAUCUGCUUGUGCCAUCGCAGACCUCUGCAGAAGCCUUUCACUGUAAGAGAUUUGCCUCUAGGUUGGAGAAAACAUAAGCAGUAGGAACCCAAUGGCCUUAGGAUCAGGCCUUGCUUUGUUACACAAAUUUGUAGCUGGCAGAAAGUGCAUAGUAUGCAGAAACUGUUCUAAAGUAAGUGCUGUCAGACCCCUUCUUUCUUCCUAAUCCAGAGGCACUAAUAGGUCUUUGCCUUCCACUAAGGAAGGUAUAGCUCAGUUUUCAUGUGCUGUGCAUGUCCUGUCCUUCCUCAUUCUAUUGUGUAACUCAGGAGAAACCUGUAACCUAGCUUUGUAUCUUUAGGGAGACAGUGGUCCUGAACCAGGUGUCUACUUGACUGCCCUUCACAAUUUCAGGACUUUUUACAUCUUUGCUGGGAAGGAGGAGAGAAGAUGAAUGGCUUCUCCUUCUAUGUUUUGGAAUCUGCCCUUCUUUUUCCCUAGAAUCUUAGUACAGAAAUAAUGCUGCUAUGUGAAUUACUUGGCAAAAUUUUACUCAACUAUACUGUGUUUGCAAUAACAAUGCACCUCUGAUGGGGAAUUCCCCAAAGGGUCAUCUCUGUUUAAGACUCAACUGGGUUGCUGUGCAACCCAGAGGUUGCACAGCAAAUGGACUCUAUGAAAAGGAGUCCUCUUUGCUCUUAACUAAUGCAGUUGAACAGUGAGUACUCACACUCUGUAUGCCUUUUAGAAACCCACCCCUUCAAAAGAUGGUUAUGCAUAAGUUGCAGAAACAUAUACUCAGCAUUCCACCCAACCACACUUAUUUAUAGGUAUAUAAAAUAGAUCGAGAUAAAUAUGUAGCGUAUAUAAUGAAAUGCUUCCGCCAGUUGACUGACAAAGGGACAGGGAAACUGAACUUGUUCUCUUGGAAAAGAACAGAAUCCCUUUGCCCCAAAUCCUAGUUCUGUCUUGUAUUGCUGGGGCUGCCCCAUGCCAUUUUUAAAACAUGAAUUAAUAAUGUUGUUAGGCAGAAAGUGGUGUUUGGUUUAUUCUGUUUUUUUUCUAUUACAAUAAACAGAAUUCCACCAGUGUUGUAUAUUUGUUCCUGUGUCUGCACAGCUGCCAUGUUAGAGGCCCUUCUGCUUCAGUCAGGUACCAGUGGUCUAGCCCCAGUAAGAUGCAGACUGGAAGAGUGCCCCAGCUUGUGCUGUUUCAUAUUACAGAAGGAAGUGGUGGCUGCCUCACACUGCUUAUGACUUGUACUUCCACAUACACUGUGAUCUUGCAUUAGGGAGAUUUCUUGGGGGCUGGGUGCAGCUCUAAGGGGCCUGUUACUGUGCUGAACAAUGGGUGGACUGAGUUAGGUGGUCUUCCCUCACUUGAGAUUAAGAUUCCUUCAUACUGCUCCCUUCAGGUGGAUGGUGAAAAAUGAAACCUGAUCUCUCUUGGUAAUGGAGGAGCCCAGCUUAGUUCAAAUACAAUGGAAGACAGUAGUUUGGGGAGGGUGAAGGUCUUAAGUUGGAAAGUCUCUAAGCCCUUCUCAGUGCUCUUCAUGUUUCAGCUACUACCCAAACACUAUUGUGGGGAGGAGGAAAGAUUAAACCAAAUGGAUGCUUAAUGUCUGGCUUUCCCAGCAAAUGCAAGGGAGAGAUUGCAUGAGAUACCCAACUGCUCUUAAUAUGUCCAUUUCUGAACUCUGUCAACAUGGCUUUCCUAAGAAAGAAAUAUUCCAGUCCAGUCAUAGUAACUGCCUCAACCAUCUGAGCGUAAACAGGUUAUUAUGGCUGGGAUCUCUCUGCAUGAUCUUGUACCACAUCUUUAUCCAAGUGACAACGCAACCUCCUAAUCUCUUUUAUUGCUAUGAAGCUGGAUUCUGUCACUAAAUGUAGAGGGCAGAACAUUUCAAAUGGUGGUUGCUGCACUUGAACAAAGGGGUCAGGAUUGCAGCCGUGGUGGAGGGUACCUUGUUAACAGAGGUGGAUUGUUGCAUGGAAGGGCUGGUUUCAUGUUGGCCACCAACAGUUGUCUUGGGGAAAGUAGGUGUUUCUACAGCCAAGCGUCAAAACUGGAUAUAGCUGUUGCCUCAGAGCAUAAUGCCCACACACACAGUUACCUCCUAUUCUAGCUACAAAGUAUUGGCCCAUGCCAGGAGUCUUGAAACACUUCUUUUAUGCCAGCAGCAGCUGUUUCGGAUCUAAGCGACAGCAGAGGGAAUGUAUCACAGAAUCUCCCCCAUGCAAUCAGAACAGGUGGUUUGGGAAGAUCUGCAAAGUGUUGAGUAACAUCAAGAUGGCAAACUGUUUGCCCAGGGCAGCUGCAUGCUUAAAGCAAACCCAGAUGAUGGGAAAAUGGGGAAAGUAGUGAUCAGAACAUACCUAGCUGGCUGUUACUGAGCAGAGUCAAAGAGAUGCCUGGGUUCCCUGUGAAUCCUCCAAAAGAGGUGUCCAAACACCAGGUGGGAGCAAUAGUGGGGAUACAGGUUGUGAAAAGCACAACAUACUAAAUGCAUCGCUGGAGCAACUC